GUCAAGCUGGAUGGACGCGUGCUGUUGGCCGAGUCCUUCACUCUGCCGCCGCUGAGGUCAGCCGAGGACCGGUUGCGCGAGCGGGAACCGCUGCGGAGGAAAUUUCGAAAAUCUCCAGCAGAAUGGUGAUGAGGGUAAGAGAGUGGCCAAGUCAUGGAUAGACCGCCACAAUGACACAUGAGACCCUCACGAGCUCCCAGCUGUCCGUCAAGGCUGCUGCCCUGCGCAUGGUCAACCUGCCACUGUCCAUCUACAGCUCCCUGGCACAGGUGAGUGUCAGUACAGGCACCAAGAAGCUGGUGGCUGCCACCGCCUUUGGUGCCGUCUCGGUCCUGUUCCUUGCACGCCGCUUCCAGAGGAGGAAGGGUAGAAAGAAGGCUCAGUCGCCUCAGUGGGAGCAAGCUGGAUUUGAGUUAUUCUCCCCAGCCUCAGCAGAGAAUGAUAACACCAGUCAAAACAUCACUCUCUCCCUAAACUCCAAGAAUAGCUACUCCUCUGGUCUGGUCCUCACAACAGGAGACUACAGAAAACUGUCUGGGUCCCUUCUGAGCUUGGCCUCGGUAAAAAGCAUGAACUCAUCGAGCAGCAGUACCUGUGCAAAUGAAUCCACCUGUUGGGACAGAGCAGGAGACGCUGACAUCUGCAGUGUGGUCAACUUACCAGUCACAACACCUGAAAACCUGUACCUUAUGGGUAUGGAUUUGUUUGAAGAGGCUCUUCGGCGGUGGGAGGAAGCGCUGACAUUCAGGAGCAGGCAGGCUGAGGACGAUUCAAGUUGUGCCUCCAUCAAAACGGGAGCUGGAGACGCCAUCGCUGAGCAGAGCAUGGAGGACGUCAUCAGCGCAGAGUUCAUCCACCGGCUGAAGUCUCUGCUGCAGAGGGCUUACCGCCUCCAGGAGGAGUUUGAGGGAGUGUUGGGCAUGUCAGAGCCGUCGUCCCACAGCAACAGCCAGGAUAAGAUAGCAGACAUUUUGACCAGAGAGGAGCUGGAAGAUGUGUAUCUGAGAGACAGCAUCAGCAUCGCCUCCACCGACUCAUUUGUUUCUGCUGCGGAGCUGUCAGAGCACAGAGAGCUGAGGAGUGUCUUCGCUCUGGGUCACCACUUGUUCUACGAGGAGGCACUGCGGAUGGCUGAGGAUGGCAAGAUCUCCUGCAGAGUGCUGCGGACUGAGAUGCUGGAGUGUGUUGGGGACAUAGAUUUCUUGGCUAAGUUGCACUGUGUGCGGCAGGCAUGUCAGGUACAGUCAAGCCUGCUCAUUUUGUGCGAGAGGGCGACCAGGAUGUUUCUGGCUGACACAGGAAAGAAGAUACUGUCUUCCAUUAUUGUUAAAGCGCAGAAGAGCCCAAAGAGAUUCGAGGAAGUAUUUGAUGAGAUGAUUUCCUUCCUAGAGCACACAGAGCACUGGGAAAACACAGAGGUGGAGCUGGCCACGCGAGGAGUGAAGCACUUGAACUUCUACGAUAUAGUGCUGGACUUCAUCCUGAUGGAUUCGUUUGAGGACCUUGAGAAUCCACCGAUCUCCAUCCAGAAUGUGAUCAACAACCGCUGGCUCAACAGCUCCUUCAAGGAAACUGCAGUGGCAUCAAGCUGUUGGUCAGUGCUGAAGCAGAAGAGACAGCACAUGAAGGUGCCUGACGGGUUCAUCGCUCAUUUCUACGCUGUGUGUGAGCAGAUCAGCCCCGUUCUGGCCUGGGGCUUCCUGGGGCCCAAGAGCUCCCUGCACGACUUCUGCUGCUUCUUCAAGGACCAGGUGCUGUACUUCCUAAAGGACAUUUUUGACCUGGACAAAGUGCGAUACUCCUCAGUGGAGAGUCUGGCAGAGGACAUGCUCCACCUGCUGCACCGCCGCUCUGAACUGCUGCUUGCUUAUCUGGGAACGGACUCGCUGCGGCACCUCACCGGCUGCAGUUCCCCCCAGUUACAGCUGGUUCCCAGCACCCUACUGGAGGCAGGAGUACAAUAACAGACGGGGAGAAAUCUCCAAACAGACCCAGGUCCUCAAACUCUACACACAUAGAAGUCUCUGCAUUUAUUCUAGCGUAAGUUCACACCAACUGUUGGACCAAAGAAAACUAUCUGUACGUGUGAAUGCAUCUUUUAUCUGUGGUGCACCACAUGGGGGGAGGGGGGUUCACAGCCAGAAGCUUCAAACGGUCUUAUGGAUUUUCCACUCAUCUGGUCCGCAAAUCUGGUUAAAUUAAAUGCACACUGAAGGAUUUUAACAUAAACCACUAUUUCACCGAGGUCUGAAAUCCACUCAUCACAUCUCCCAUCGCUCUGUAUCUGAGGAUCCAGAUAAACUGAACCAGUUGUCUGCCUUCAGCCACGAUCAUCAUCUCCGGUGCGGCCUCUUCCUCCUCUCCCCAGCCCCCUAUUCACUGUGCCAUGGCAGUGCACGUUAGUUUAAAAAUAUCGGCAAUAAAAUUUAUAAUUUAAACUUA